UGUUUUUUUCUUUUAUGUAGUGGUGUCUUGCUUCAGUUUGGUCUUCAUCCACACCUACCCUCUCAAGUUACAAUUCUCUCAGUCAAGCUACCGGUCUUCCAACCCUUCUUUCAAUUUUGCAAUGGCUUCUUCUUCAACCAUUCUCUCAGUGCCUUCUUCCUCUUCCCCCCAUCGCUGGAAGUACGAUGUCUUCCUUAGUUUCAGAGGUGAAGACACCCGCCAAAGCUUUACUGCCCAUCUUCACUCGGCCCUCAGCCAAAAGGGAAUCAACACCUUCAAAGAUAGCCUACUCCCGAGAGGCGAAAAAAUAUCUCCAGCACUCCUACAGGCAAUUGAAGAAUCGAGGUUUUCAAUCAUCGUUUUAUCCGAAAACUAUGCUUCUUCAAGUUGGUGUUUGGAGGAACUUACAAAGAUUCUUGAGUGUGUCGAAGAGGGGGGACAUACAGCUCUACCGGUUUUCCAUAACGUGGAUCCCUCCAAUGUAAGAAAGCAAGAAGGGAGUUUUGCGAAAGCAUUUGCAAAGCAUGAACAAGUUUACAAGGAUAAGAUGGAGCAGGUGGUGAAGUGGAGAGAUGCUUUGACUGAAGCAGCUACAAUUGCUGGAUGGGAUACACGAAAUAGAGAUGAAUCCGAGGUUAUUGAGCAAAUUGUUACCAGGAUUUUGAAUGAGCCGAUUGAUGCAUUCUCAAGCAACAUGGAUGCUCUAGUUGGAAUGGACUCUCGUAUGGAGGACUUGCUUUCACGGUUAUGUAUUGGUUCUGAUGAUGUUCGGUUUGUUGGAAUAUGGGGCAUGGCUGGCAUAGGUAAGACUACCAUUGCUGAAGCUAUUUAUGACCGAAUCUACACUAAAUUUGAUGGUUGCUGCUUUCUUAAAAAUGUUAGAGAAGACUCACAAAGACAUGGUCUAACUUAUUUACAAGAAACACUCCUUUCACAAGUUUUAGGGGGAAUCAACAAUCUCAAUAGAGGAAUCAAUUUUAUAAAAGCAAGACUCCGCCCUAAGAGGGUCCUUAUUGUUCUUGAUGAUGUGGUGCACCGGCAACAGUUGGAGGCUUUAGCCGGAAAUCAUGAUUGGUUUGGCUCGGGAAGUCGAAUCAUCAUAACUACUAGAGAAAAGCGUUUGCUAAUUGAGCAAGAAGUGGAUGAAAUAUACAAAGUUGAGAAAUUAGAGUAUGAUGAAGCUCUUAAGCUCUUUUGUCAAUAUGCCUUUAGAUAUAAGCAUCCUACCGAAGAUUUUAUGCAAUUGUGCCACCAUGCAGUAGAUUAUACUGGAGGCCUUCCCUUGGCCCUUAAAGUCUUGGGUUCUUGUCUAUAUAGAAAAAGCAUACAUGAAUGGAAGAGUGAAUUGGACAAACUCAAUCAAUUCCCAAAUAAGGAAGUUCUAAAUGUGCUCAAAACAAGUUUUGAUGGAUUAGAUGAUAAUGAAAAGAAUAUGUUUCUUGAUAUUGCAUUCUUCUAUAAAGGGGAGGACAAAGAUUUUGUUAUAGAAGUACUAGAUAAUUUCUUCCCUGUGAGUGAAAUAGGAAAUCUUGUCGAUAAAUCACUCAUAACUAUUUCAGAUAAUAAGUUGUACAUGCAUGAUUUACUACAAGAAAUGGGUUGGGAAAUUGUUCGACAAGAAUCUAUUAAAGACCCUGGCAAACGCAGCAGAUUGCGGGUUCAUGAGGACAUCCAUGAUGUAUUAACAACAAAUAAGGGGACUGAAGCAGUUGAAGGCAUGGUCUUUGACUUGUCUGCAUCAAAAGAGCUAAACCUCAGUGUUGAUGCCUUUGCAAAGAUGAACAAAUUAAGAUUGCUCAGAUUCUAUAAUUGUCAAUUUUAUGGAAGCUCUGAAUACUUAUCCGAGGAAGAGUUAAUUGCUAGUACUCGUGAUGCUUGGAGAUGGAUGGGCUAUGAUAACUCUCCAUACAAUGAUAGUAAAUUGCAUCUAUCUAGAGAUUUUAAAUUUCCAUCCAACAACUUAAGAUCUCUCCAUUGGCAUGGAUACCCUUUGAAGUCCCUUCCAUCAAUUUUUCAUCCAAAGAAGCUUGUUGAGCUAAACAUGUGCUAUAGUCUGCUUAAACAACUAUGGGAAGGAAAGAAGGCAUUCGAGAAGUUGAAGUUCAUCAAACUCAGCCACUCUCAACAUCUAACCAAAACUCCAGAUUUCUCUGCGGCCCCAAAACUUAGGAGAAUAAUUCUGAAUGGUUGUACAAGUUUGGUCAAGCUUCACCCAUCCAUUGGGGCUCUCAAGGAGCUUAUUUUCCUGAAUUUAGAAGGCUGCUCAAAACUUGAGAAGUUCCCAGAGGUCGUCCAAGGAAACCUGGAAGAUCUAUCAGGCAUCUCCUUAGAAGGGACUGCUAUAAGAGAACUGCCUUCAUCAAUUGGAGGUCUAAAUAGGCUAGUUUUGUUGAAUCUGAGGAAUUGUAAAAAACUCGCAAGUCUUCCGCAAAGCAUUUGUGAACUGAUAUCUCUUCAGACUCUAACUCUCUCUGGUUGCUCAAAACUAAAGAAAUUGCCAGAUGACCUGGGGAGACUGCAAUGUUUAGUAGAGCUCCAUGUAGAUGGAACUGGUAUAAAAGAGGUGCCAUCCUCUAUUAAUCUUUUGACAAACCUUCAAGAAUUAUCAUUAGCAGGAUGUAAGGGAUGGGAAUCUAAGUCAUGGAAUCUGGCUUUUUCUUUCGGCUCGUGGCCAACACUAGAACCAUUGCGACUGCCUCGCUUGUCAGGUUUAUACUCCUUGAAAAUUUUGAAUUUAAGUGACUGCAACCUAUUGGAAGGAGCAUUGCCCAUUGAUCUCAGCUCCCUAUCUUCAUUGGAAAUGUUAGAUCUGAGCCGAAACAGUUUCAUUACGAUUCCUGCUAACCUUAGUGGACUUUCUCGGCUACACGUGCUCAUGCUGCCAUACUGCAAGAGUCUUCAAUCAUUGCCAGAGCUUCCAUCAAGUAUUAGAUAUUUAAAUGCCGAAGCUUGCACAUCCCUGGAAACCUUUUCAUGUUCACCAAGUGCAUGCACAUCGAAGAGGUAUGGGGGACUCCGGCUCGAAUUUUCUAAUUGCUUCAGACUAAUGGAGAAUGAACACAAUGACAGUGUGAAACAUAUCCUACUGGGAAUUCAGCUUCUCGCAUCAAUACCAAAAUUUCUGCAACCAUUUUUGGGGGGUUUUAUUGACGGUCCGCAUAAUCUAUAUGAUGCAAUCGUUCCUGGAAGUAGAAUUCCGGAGUGGUUCGUGGAUCAGAGCACGGGGUCUUCAGUAACAGUAGAGCUGCCUCCACAUUGGUAUAAUACCAAGUUGAUGGGAAUGGCUGUUUGUGCUGUUAUCGGCGCCACGGGUGUCAUUGACCCCACCAUUGAGGAGUGGAGGCCUCAGAUAUAUUUUAAAUGUUCUUCUGUGAUUUAUCAAGGCGAUGAUGCUAUCAUGAGUCGUUCAAUGAAAGAUGACCACACGUGGUUUAGGUAUCUAUCCCUUUGUUGGCUGCAUGGACGAACUCCUCCCUUUGGAAAGAGCAGAGGCUCUAUGGUGGUUUCAUUUGGAAGCUGGGAGGAGAAGUUAGAGGUGAAGAAGUGUGGGGUUCGUCUUGUAUACGAGGGAGAGGAGAAAGAUAGCCAUUGCAGCUUUCCUUGCGGUGCCAUGUUGCCGGAAGAAAGAGAGGAGACAGAUAGUGAAUGCAGCUUUCCAGGAGAAGGAGAUGAAUCAGAUUCAGGAUCAGAAGACCUUAGACAAUCAAAUUCAGAUUCAGAAUGAAAAGAACUUAGGCAAACUUGUUCCCCCUGUAACCUUCUUACAAACUUUUUCAUGUUGCUGAAGCAGAUCUGUGUUACCAGUAAGGAGAAAGCUGACCUUUCCCAAUCAAAUUCAGUCUAUCCAUAAUCAGAUUCUUUUUCAGAUUAAGAGCCACUACCGCCUCCUUCUUGGCCCCCAUGCUGCACUGAAAAGUUUGAAGGUGGUUCUGGUUGAAAAACCUCGAUGGAGCUCUAUCGGAUACCCUCAUUUGAGGAUGGAUGUGGCUAUCAUGUUUUGGAGUUUGGUGGAGCAAUAAAUUGAUCAUAGUGUGUUAUUCUACAUAUUUGUGCUAUUGACAUUUUCUAAAUACAUAGGAUUGAAGUUUUUAGAAUCUGUUGGAAGGUAAGACUGAACCAAUUAAAGCAAUUUUCUUUCAAACUAAAAAACAUGCAUUGUAUUAAGAGGGAUUUGCUAUAUUUAUGUCAUGUUAAAUUUUUCAUGUA